CAAAUGGUUUAGUCUUUUGCUAGAAGUACGGAUGAAAAGUUGAUUUUUCCAAUUAAGUCCCGUGUUAAUCGAUUGGUAGUAAUUUAUCGCAACAAACGCAAUCCGCCCAGAAGCGAUCCCAUUCGGUAGAUCGCUCAAUUCGCGUUCUUUUAAUCCCCGCACGGGCGUUGUAAGUGCCCGGGAAGCAGUUCAAUACCCAUUGGUAGUUCCUCUUUUUCUGCUGAUUGCAAGUUACGAGCGAGUCAGCCAUUGUUUAAAGUCUCGAGUUUUUCACUCUGCCCGCAUACAAGCGCAAAAUUGUGUGCGGCUGUGUGCUUUGGAGUGGUGUGUAAAGUGUGCAGCCAGUUGUUACCGUGAGAUAUCACACGCACACGCUGACACGGAAAGUCAGUGCUCGCGCAUCGUAGCAGUAUUGGUCGUGGUCAAUGAGUUUCGCAAUUUCUCCCAGCAUUCGUUUGCCCCUCGGUUGGUUGUGAAUACACCUGAAGAAGACGAAGCAAAAAAAUUGAUAUUGUGAUGCUGGAAGUCUCUUGUGGAAUCGCUAGAAAUUUAGCAUAACAAAACGGUGGAAGAAAAAUUAAGCAAACAUUGCAUUUGUAGGGGAAAUUUUUCCGAAGGCCGAAGUGUUGGUACGUGUGUGUUGGAAUUGCAUGCAUCUCCCCCCGGAAGCUGUGUUAUGUGUCUAAUAUGUGACGUUUAACGUCGCAAAAUCUGUGAAGUGUUUAUUUUGUUAAUUGUUCAAAGUGCUUUUCCUCCCGUAAGGAAAGGAGGUUAUUGGGUGCAGCAAAAUAGUGAACCAGGAGUAUCGAAAAUGGUUGCUAUGUAGUUAUACCUGGCAAAAAGCGCUGAUGUAAUUUACGCCUGGUUGUUUUGAGUUAAUGCCUUUUUUUGUUUGUCGAUUGUAUUUGGAAGAGAUUGGCUCGCGCCGCUGAACUGCGGAAUGUGAAGAGAGCUCAAAUGUUUGAAGUGUAGUGACAAAUGCGAAAAUAACAUAAAAUACUUGAAAAGUUGAGAUUAGAAGAACAUAAAUAAACAAAUGAAUGGAAACUACUCUGGAGAGACUGGCAUUUAUUUAUAUUAGAAUUAUUGUUCGUAACUAAUCAAUUACACGUGAGAAGCAAAGAAACAGCUACAAGCCAUAGCUGCUGCCACAAUCAACGACGUCGUUGUACGCUGAGAAAGACCACAGGGCGUUUCGUUCCCGCGAGUGUAGACAAAAUCGUUAAGGUGGCUCCGCAGGCCGAACAACCGUCAGUCAGUAUAGCAAGGGUACUGAUUUCGGCACAAGGGUAUGGUAUAUUUUCUGGGACAUUGGGGCAUGGGAGAUACUGAACGCACGACUACUCAGCAUGUCUCCAAUAGUGUGCAACAGAAACAGAACAGUUUCUAUUACGACAAUAGUACUCAGCAGCAGCGAAAUGCAGAGUUUACUACGGCAGUAUAUCACCAAGAGCAGCAGCAGCAGCAGCAGCAGAAUCUGCACCAGCAACAAAAGCUUCAGUCGGAAUCUGAAUCUGGGACGCUUAUCAGCAGUUUCUGUCUAACGAGAGGCAGCGCCAACACUACUGCUCAGCUCAACAACUAUCAUCUGACAGGUGGUGUCAGCAAUAAUCACCACAACGUACAAAGCCAUAACAAUAGCAAUCACCGCAAUAGUAGUGGUACUGUGAAUCAGUGUUUGGGUUUCCCCCAGAGCCAUCAUCACCAACAGCAGCAGCAGCAGAGUCUGCAUCCGCAACAACACGAUACAGAAAGUGACGAGGAUGAGAUUGCCCUGUAUCCACUGAAUAAUCAGGUCGGCGGCCAUACGCGCUUGUUGCUGUUGAAUCAGAGCACCGUCAUCAAACCGCUGAAUCUACGUGAGCUAGAGUUCUAUCAAAACAUUCCCAGCGACAUCCAGCAGUUCGUUCCAAAAUAUAGAGGUGUAAUGCAGGCCGCCACAAUGGGUGGAACCAAGCUGGAGAAGCGCUACUCCCCGAGCUUCCGGGACGAUCCGGGUCGCAAAAUCGCCGCGUCGAAGCGCAAACGCGAGGAAGUACUGCGGAUGAAAAUUCAUAAGAAUGGCAUACCUUCAGAAGUGUUAAAAAGUAUUUCACAGAUUGACAACUCCAAUAAACAAUAUUUCCUGAUGCUGGAAAACAUCACUUCCGCCUACCGGCAACCGUGCAUCCUGGAUCUGAAGAUGGGCACCCGUCAGCACGGUGACGAUGCGUCGGCCGAAAAGCGCAGCAAGCAGAUGGCAAAAUGUGCGGCCAGCACUUCCGCCUCGCUCGGCGUUCGCCUCUGCGGUAUGCAGGUCUACCAGGCGGAUAUCGAUCACUACAUGAAGAAGGACAAAUACUGGGGCCGGGAGCUGAACGAGGACGGCUUCAAGGGUGCCCUGCAGAACUUCUUCUACAACGGGUACCACCUGCGGGUCAAGGUCAUCGCCAAGGUGCUGGACAAACUCGAACAGCUGCGGAGGGUGAUCGAGAAGCAGUCCAGCUAUCGGUUCUACUCAUGUUCGCUGCUGAUCGUGUACGAAGGCUACGAGGAACAUCCGGCUACCGCCGCAUCCAGCAGCUACCCAUCUGACAACGAUUACCACCUGCUAGAAACAGAAUCCAGCUCGUACUGUUACGAUGCGGAUGCGUCCAACAGUUCCCUGGAGCAGUUCAAUCUGUCCUCGUCGCACGAAGAUCAUCCCAUCGAUGACAGUUCUUCUGCACAUCACCGGCUGAACGCGUCGAUGGCUACGGUAGCGACGGCAGCUGCUGCUGCCAAAGCUGCCGCAUCCUCUGCUUCGUCAUCCUGUUCGUCCUCUCGGGCGACAUCGGUUUCCACUUCGAGUGGUGCCUCAAGCGGGGCAGCUUCUUCUGUCGGAAGCAGUGGCAACGGUGCCGGCAAAGUACCUUUCGUCCCAAUCUCCGAGGAAACCAUCUACCCCGGACAUGGGGACGCGACUAUGGCUGUGCCGCUGACGGCAGCACAAACCCUUAACAGCUCCAGCCCGCAUUCGAUGGAUUCGUGGAUGAAUUACAGUAGCAAUAGUAGCAGCGAUGAUUAUGCAUCGGCUUUUGUGGUGCCAACUCAUGUACGGAAUGCCGACGCCGAGGCAAGUUCGGAUUUCGACGGGGGAUUUAGUGGACGAGUAGUUCCGGCCGAUCGGAAGGUAGUCGUCGGCGGCGACGAAGCGAUGGAAGGUGAACCCAUCGUUUCAGCAGCAGCGGUGACCGCAACGUCUGCGGCAGACAAGAACAUCUGUGGCAGUAUUAAUAUUAGCAAUGUAAAUACCAAUAGUAAUAGCAGCUGUGGUGGUAAGGCGUAUGAACAAUCCGACGCUGGCUACCACGAGGACGAUGUGGACGAAGAGGGGGGAGCCGCGGACAAUGACGAUGACGACGAGGAGCAUCUUCUCCAGGAAACAAGUGUCAGUUCGAAACGGCUCCGUGGGAAGGAUACGUCGGCCAGCCGAGCGCCCAACAAGGUGCAGCAGAGUCUCCGGCGAAAACUUAGCUCCAAGUCUAAAUCCUCGUCAAUGAGCGGACCUAGCGCAUCCUCCUGCACGCUGGGGAUGGCCGAUGUACGUAUGAUCGAUUUCGCCCACACGACCUUCGAAAUCAAGAACGGUGGAACAUCGGUGUGCAGCACAAAUACCAAAGUGCACCACGGACCGGACAGUGGCUUCCUGCGAGGUCUGGACAGUUUGAAGCGUAUUCUGUCCGAAAUCAGCGACGAGCAUUGAGUGCGAUCCGCGGGGGGAAUGUUGGAACGAUCUCAAUGUCGGUACUGUCUGGUGUUCUUCCUUCUUCUUCGGGAGCGCCCGGCGGCGUUGGCGGCGGCGGCGCAUACAAAGCGUGAAUGUGUGUGCUUCGUGCUUCGAGGCGCUCCAACCUGUGGGGAUUGUGGGAUCUUAGCGGCCGGCGCUGCUACUACUACUGUGUUGUUAUUGACGAGUGUGUUCGCAAACCGUGAACCUGAUCCAGUUACGAGAGAGAGAGGAGAGAGACAGAGGGCGGGUGAAAACUAGCAGCCGGCGGCGGUCAAUAUGCGUGCGAUGAAAAUUUCUUCGAUCGAAGCGGAGAAGAGAAGAAAAAACAUGUUUUUGUGAAAUAUUGUGAUACUAAAGCAUUUUUCAUCCAAGUACAUAUAUGAAGCAUAUAAUUAUAUUAGACGACGAUACAUACACACACACACAUACAGAGGCAAGGCGUUAAUUUCAGAUGAAGAAAUUCCCUCUCAGCUCUUCAGCUGACCAUCAGAAGAGUAAUAUCGUUUUAAUUGUAGCCAGCGAGAAAGGUGCGGAAAUCGUGCCGAGUGUGCAAAUGUGCAAAUGAAAAGUCAACACAGAAAUUUCGAUGCCGAGAGAAAAUGCGUUUGUGGUGUGCUAGUUUGGGUUCUGUUUUCAGAUUAUUAUUUGCUGUUGUAUUUUUUUUCCACAAAAAUUGUGUGGCGACUCAUCCAUCACACUUUUUAGCCUUUUAAAGUGUUAAACUAGAGUUCAUGAAGUUGAACUCUCACUCAUUCUCAACGGAACGAGACACGUAAGGUAACGUAACGUAAGAUCUUCUACAAUACAACUCUAAUAGCAGCAUUUGCAGCCAUAUUAUCGCAACCAUUGGCGUCAUUAAGCUAAAACAUCUAGGCAAGAAGUAAUAAUAGCGAACGCCAAACAAAAAUGUUGUUGAUUACCUCCUUAGGUUACCGAGGAGGUUUAUCUACCCCCUGUUAUCGAGAUUACAAAGCCUUACAAAGUUAUUAUGAAUCUACUGCAUUUCAUGUUGCACAUUAUUCACAUUGGCUCUAUAUAUUGCUGCUCUCUUUCCCCGCUCACUAAAGAUAAUUUGAAUGUUGUCAAUCGUUAUUUUCAGAGCGUAUUGAGACAUUAAUUCAUUCAAGUUGUUUAUAUUUGAAUGGUAUUUAUGUUGCUGUAAUGGAAACGAGCUCGUCUAAAGAAUGAUGAGAGUGAGAUGUGGUGAGAGAUUGUGAAGUAGGCCAGUAUGAGUAGUGGUAAGCGUGACUGCUAUGUUCUAUAUUUAUUUUGAUACCACUUUUGCUGAAAUAAAGCGGAUGAAACUUUCAAUUGCAUAGUUACGAGCAUAUUUUUGCAUGCAAAAUAAAACACCCUGACGGUAAUAAUGAAUAUAUCCCAUUCGAGCGAGCAGUUUAAAUCGUUAAUGGAAUCUUAUGCUUCUCAAAUUAAAAAAAAUCCACAGCAGAAGUGAUCAAAAUAGAAGAACUGAUGUUUUAAUACGUGUAGAGAACAUACUGAUUUCUCUCCACUACGACAGACAGAAAAAAAUCAGUCUGACUGAAGUGAAUAGAAUACUACCUUGAUCAAAAAGUUCCCUGAAUCACCACCGUGUGGCGCUCUCAGUCACCCAUUUUUAUUUAUAUUUUUUUUUGUGGGUUGGCACAUCUGUCAUUGACAUUCUAUAAAAUUUGUAGUGUGAUAGUUUGACAUUACGUUACGCUGUAUUGAGUACAUCUGCCAUUGUGCGUGGCUCGAUUUUGUAUAAUUUGCAGAAAUUGCUAAAUCAAUCGUUAUUCAUGAACAUUUGGCUAAAAACGGAACGAAUACCAUCCAGCAACCAUCGAAUUCAGCUGAUUUGUUUCCCCGUGAAUUUUUCCUAUUCGAACGACUCAAGAAACCACGUUUCAGCACCCGAAAUGAGAUAAUGGAAAAAUCGUAGAUGGCGCAGAUUGCCAUACCACAAAUCGAAUAUAAAGUUUCGAGGAUUGGAUCAAGCGCUGACAUAUGUGCGUUGCAGGUGAUGGGGAACAUUUUUUUCAUUUCUUAGUUUCAAAAAUGACAAGUCUUGACGAGAAUAAUCAAUCAUCCAUAUCUGACUAAAUUCACAAGUGUUAGCUCCGCAGUUGGUCAGUCAUGGUUGAUUUACUAAUCACAGGGCCUGAACGGCCUGAAUGAUAUCCCGGGUCCCCAAAAACAAAAAUUGAAAAUGGUGAUUUCCAAGACACGACCGCAUUGUUAACGUAGGCAAAAAUGCGAAAUAAAAAUGCGGCGAGAAACAAAUAUAGAAAUGCAAGAAUGAAACUCUUUAGUACAAACAUGAUGAAUGAGUGCUUUCACUGAGUGGGGAUCGUUUUGCGAAGCAAUAAAACGCCCCUUUGAGCAAAUGUUCAAAUUAACUCUCAGAAUUAGCUUGUACUGUUGAUUGCUCGCUGUCUAGAGCAACACCAAAAAACACGAAACUUAUCUAAUUAAAUUAGUUUUUCAUUAUCUCUUAGAAAAAAUACAUUUCCAGCGCUUCCGAUGCUCCAAAAACAUUCACAAUGGUAAGAGGAAAUCCGAACCAAAUCGGAUGUGGCGUGGGAUGGCGGCGGGAUACCUCCUUCACAUCCGGUUUGAAAUGAGCUGCCCUUCGACGCCACUUUUAUCCCGAAAACAAUGCUCGACUUCAGGAAAAUUAAUUGAUCGAUCGAAAAUAAAAACCAAUAAGUCAUUCACGAUUCAUCAAUCAUCCUGCUAGCAACCAGAUGGUAGAGAUGGUAAACCAAUAAGUCAUUCACGAUUCAUCAAUCAUCCUGCUAGCAACCAGAUGGUAGAGGCAGCAAGGCUUAUCAAAUGGCCUUUUCAAGGCAUAGUGUUCAGAUUCGUUCUCCAAUUUGGUCUUUUUAAGACUAGAGGCGAAUGAACUGAGAAAGUGCGAAAGUACGAGAAAGCCUCUAUAACUCAAAACAUUAUCAUCAUUAUUACACAUUACUCUUCCGGCAAAUAGAAUAUAAAACAUAAUUCGCUUUAGAUUCUUCGAUUAUUAUUUUAGAAUGCAUCGAAUAUUUAAAAAAAUUAUUUUUAGUAGAAAGUUCUGGUGGUCCUGGAAUAGACCCAUCGGUUUGCGUGAUUUUGUGGAAGCAGUUGAAGAUGGGUGAUUUAUCAUUCAUUCUUAUUCUUGCGAGAACAAUACAUGUGAUUUGUGUCGGUAUUGCCAAUGCACGUAGCGCACUCGGUAUGUAUGGCGAUUAUUCUUCUCGUGCUAGACAUAGUGCGGCUCGAGACGAUUGCGUAUUUGUUACCCCACCACCGUUAUCUAUUUUAUAACGUAGAAAAUCAACAAUUAGUACGUGUGGUUCAAUCAUACACAACCAAUCUCCACAAAACGGUAUGAAAACCGAUCCUGCACAUCGUAUUUAAUAUUUCUUUCUGCUUUGCUCCUGUCUGUCUGACUGCACUCUGAGGCGAAAAAAAUUGCAUUGCUGUUCAGCACGGUGAAAAAAAUAAUGGCCAUGGCUUGCACAAUAUUUAUAGUGCUUUCACAACCAUUCAGCAACAUGCUUCAAUCGCUGACCAAUCUUGACUUCAAUGAAUUUUCCAAGCAUAAUUAUAAAUUUUUGUGAUUAUAACUACUCAUUAUAUGUUCACCAAUAUUUAUAGAUUUUUGUGAUUUCAAUUUUCUAUUAAAGCAGUUUUUCGUUCAGUCGACAAAGAGGUAUUAACGUUCGAAUUCAUGCACCCCAAACGUACCGCACUCGUUUUCGAAAUUUUACGCUUACACCCCAGUACAGAUGCAGGAAUGAUGUGGUGCAAAAUACAGAAGCACUCUCCACCAGACGGCAUGAGAAUCGACGCGGUACGUCCACGAACUAAAGUACACCACUGUAUGCGAUAUUUAUCUUCCAUUCCUUCUUUGUAUCGAACGAAUCAAACUUUGAGAUCGGCAUUGAGAAAGACUACUAGCUGGAACGAGACUGUGACUUGAAUAACGACGAUCAUGGUUUAAAUUGAGGUACAAUGUUACGCUACAUACUAGGAAUUGAAGGACGAAACAAUAAAAUCAAGAAUACUAUUUUAGUCACUUUCAUGCCACUCAAAAGGGUUGAGGUAGGGAUAGGGUUUAUGGGAUCAUUAAAUGCCCAAAUAUUACGUAACGCAGUCAGGAAGGGAGAAGAGGAUACCUUGUGACUAUUUCAGGUUUUUUUUAAUAAAAUAUGAAGUAAAAAAAGUAGAAAAUUUGCGUUACGUAACAUUUGAGCGAUCCCUAGUUGAAAAAUCAACAAAUUUGACUUGUCUCGUGUUUAUUCAUAAAUUACAUACAUCCGUGACCGGAAAAAAUCGCACCAGAAAACAAGUGCAACAAAAACAACCGCUCGGAAAAAAUGUAAUAUCACGAGUAGGCUAGAAUUAUUGCGGCACGGAAAAACAUCAUGGGAAUAAAUGCCUCACAAAAAAGCGCAAUUUCUCUUAUAAAUUAAGUUUUUCGUUUUCGUUUUUCGAAAUUUAUUUUGAGUUCAAUAAGACCUGCAAACCUGCGGUCCAAUGAUUACCCGGUUUGAAAUUAAUUGUUAACGUUUUGUGGCCUAGGCGGGUCACAGGUGUUUGUGAUAUAUAAGGAAAAGUAUAAUGACUCCGCUUCUCGGCAGUUGGACUUCAACUCUUUAUUGAAUUUCAAUCGUUUACAUCGUAGCUUACUGGCUGCAUGGAUACAGCGUGCAGAAGUGAUGCUUUAUGCUGCAUAAGUCGCAAUCGAUCAGAAUAUCGUAUUGCGCUUAAUACUGAUAGCGUGCAUACAAAGUAUCGACAAGGUUGGUAUGCACCACAUGAAACUUAGGGUACGAUCAUUUAGCAAGGCCCGACCGAGCUUUAGCGAGAAUGAAUUCACAACGGGCGGAGCUUAAAUUGCAGUAUUUUCUCCUUCCACAUUGUCCGUAGAACGAAUGUUGCAUUUGCUUGAGUUCGAUGAACUUUCAAGCAUAUUUAUAGAUUUUUGUGAUUUCUCGUAAGACGUAGAGUAAACAAAGGAUCGGAUUGCAGUCAGGCAUUUCAAUAGUCGGGUGGAUUAAAAGGUUCUUUCGUUUCAACUUACCCCGUAUUUCAACUUGCCCCGGUGUACUUUAUAGAUUUUUAAAUUGGGAAAUUUUUUUUUUUGGAAAAUUCGGAAAAUUAAACUAGACUCUUGACCUAGUGAAAGCCCAUUUGGAAAAACUCGCUGCCAUCUGGGAGCAAACUGGACUAAUGAAUAAUGAAUGCCAAUAAAUCACGAAUAGCUAGUAACAACACUCAAUACACUCAAUAAAUUCAAAACGGGCGGAGCUCAAAUUGCAGUAUUUUUCCAUCCACGUUGUCCGUAGAACGAAUGAUGUAUUAGCAAAUUAUAUUUCAUAAAAACGUGCCCUGGUUUCUGAUUUGGCAUUUAGCUAUUUGUGAUCUGAGGAAUCUAAUUUUCCUAGAUUGGCAGUCUUUAUUGACUCGUGCUUCUCUACAAUGGGCUAAGUCUCUAUUACAAGAAAUCCCGACUAGCGUAGACGCAAAACUUUGUGAUCCGACGGUUCCAAAAUGGUCCGUCCGAGCGAAGCUUGUGAAUUACCUUCUCGGUUUUGGGAUUUCUUGUUUUAUUUUACCUUAUUCCGUGCGUGGCGGCUGGUUGCCAACGCUGAUUGAUCAUUUCGGAUUAGAGAACGUAGUUGAAUUUAUUAAUUGGUAGAAUUUGCACUUUACUUUAUUCCGUUGGUAGAACUAUUGAACUUUAACUUGUUUGUAUAACUGAAUUGAACUUUUACUCGUUUGAAUUACUGAAUUGAACUAAACAUACGGGACAAGAAUGCUGAUACGUAAUUCUUUCCAAUGCCCAAAUCUAUAAAUAAGAGAAAAUAUCUCCCUUUCCUACUCAGAUAACCGAAACCGCAUCGGUUAUCUGCCUGCCUAUUUGCCAGCGGAUUUUUCCCAUCCAUGUUUUUCCACUAUUUUUAUCUUCCACUAUGCCACCAAAUAAUCCCAAAUAAUUAUUUGUUUCAUUCCUUUCCUUAGCAUAGCGCGCUAUCUCCACCAUGUGCGCUUGAGCUGCACUGUGGUUCAGCGUCCCAUUUCAUUUGCCCAAUUCUCGCUUGGGUCUUGUUUAUGUUUAGUCAUAAAACUCUGGAGCUCUUAUCUUGGAAGCUAUAUAAACAGAAAUUGAAGGAAAGAAAAAAAAACACGUGGUUCGUUCCUGCUGGCAUUGGUUACUUCAUAUUGGUACCUUUUUUAUUGCUGCUAAACUGCUAAGCUGCUAAGCUGCCAUUACUAAAAGGCGUAGCAGCUACGUCAAAGAAGGUAAUAAUUUCUAAGGUUUUCGUUAUUUUCAAAUUUAUAAAAUAGUUUUAAAUAAAAUAUCAUCAAAUGGGCUAACCAAAAGAGCCCAAUGGGCCACAUCCAGCGGGCCACAGGUUGAGUAUAGCUGGUUUGAUAGGUACAGCUCGAAACCCUUUUAUCUCGAAAUUUUUUGUUUCAAAUAUCACAUGUGAGAAUUGGUUCUGUACUUAGUAAAAAGCAUUAUAACGCUCGAUCGAAUCCGAUUCGAACGCUCCCUGACUUACACUCUCGUUAGAACAAAUUCAUCUUACGAGCAGCAUGUUCAAUACAAUAGAUAGAAUAGAUUGCGAUUUCUAUGAAUGUUGAAAGCUGCUCAUUUCCACACAAAGCACACCGCAUAUAUUCUCCCAGAAAAAAAGCAUACCCUCGCGCAUAUUACGAUAAGAUAGGUUUCACCUUUUUUUUCGAUUCAACUCGGUUUUUCUUGAUGAUGAUGUAAUGUGUGUUAGAAAAACCAAAAUUUGUGCAAUAUAUAUGAGCUUCUCAUUUGGCGAAUUAAGUCCUAUCUUGCUCAAAACCAGCAACAAUUGUGUAAAUUAUGAAUAUCAGAGAAUUUGGCUCAAACCCGACUGCGUCGGGUGAACAGAUGAGGAAGCAGCAGCCACCUGCUUGAAAACUAUUCCUCAUACAAUAAAUGUAACGUAUAUGUUUCCUGCAAUCACAAAUAUGACUAUUUGACCACCAUCCCUGUUCUCAACUAGAAGAAUAGAGCAAUGAUAGAGAUGUGACCACGAAAUGAAACAAACUACUUUUGAUCUCCUAAAAACCGGUGGUGGUAAUCUUUAACCUAAGAUUGCCAGCUAAAGCAACACGCCAGCAAAAAAAGGCCUCUGCCAGAAGACGGCCGGCAGCAAUGAAUAGCCGAAGAUACGCGAUAAACAACGCCUGGUUAUCAGUAUUAAUUAUUGUACCAUUUUACUCCUCCUCCCGUUGAUGUGUGCGUGCAGACGGUACACACGCGCAAGUGUAUCUUCUCGUGUUCAGUUAUUAUGCGUUCUUCAUUUCUUUUGUUCAAUUCGCAUUUUUACGGUGUUUGGUGUAGCGCAAAUAAAUACUACUUUUUAUCACAUAGGUACUUGUUUGAAAUUGUAGAUUUACUUAUCAAAUACUAUUGACUAACACAGUGGAAUCGAUGACCUGAAUCUAACCUACUAUUAUUAAAGAAAAUAGAAACCUUUUAAGUAAUGAAGAUUACACACACACACCACAGAGCGGCCCAUGGCCACCGACUUUACUGUCCAAAAUCUACAGCAAAAGCAAACAAGAAAGAAACAACAGACAUUAAACAAAUAAAACACAAAAACAACGUCUAUAUGAAACUACUCGAGCUAACCCUUAAACUUAGUGAAUGAAAUGAUAAACACACAUACAAUUCAGAAAGGAUAGCAGAGAUAGCGAUAUUUAUUAAUGAUUGUAAGAAAGUUGUAUAUUUCUAGCAAAAAAAAAAAACAAAACAGAAAACUAUGGAAAACAGCGAACAGCUCUAGUUACGCGGUAGUGUUCAUUUUAGUGUGUAAAAAAAUGACAAAAAUGUUAAAGCGUAUAGCCAUCCUUUUCCUUCGCCUCUGAAUUCGUAAAGAAGCAAUGCUCGGUAUAAUAUUUAUGUCUCUAUUUGGAUUUGGUGCGAUUCCUCGUCGAAAUUGUGAACAAAAAUAGAAGAAAAAAAUAAACAAACAAACAAAUCGGAGAAAUUAUUGCUUGUAAUAUACAUAUAUGGGGAAAGCACACACAACACACAAAAACAGAAUUACAAAUAUCAUGUUAAUGUUAUUUAACUGUAGCGCUCCGGUGAGAAUUUUUUGGCAAAGCGGCGGCGGCGCAAUAAUUCGCAUCUAUUAUAACUGUUUGACUUUCACAAAAACAAAAACUCUAUAAUGAAGUGUAGCCUCUAUUUGGUCAGAAACAACCAUAUAACGGAACAAAAAAUAUUUAUUUGUAUAAAACGAUAAAGGAAAGGUGAUUAAAACCAGUAGAGUUUCGAGUAAUUCAAAAUGA